AUGGCACAUUUGCAAUAUUUACCGGGAGAUCCACGUUUAGUUGAUCAAUUGGUAUAUGAACUGAAAUCCAAGGGGAUUUUUGAUCAGUUUCGUAAAGAUUGCAUAGCUGAUGUGGACACCCGGCCCGCUUACCAAAACUUGCGACAGCGAGUCGAGAGCUCCGUGUCAACUUUUCUUUCCCGACAGUGCUGGCAACCAGAUCUUAAUAAGAAUCAGCUGAGAGAGAAGCUCAGGAAGCAUAUAUUAGAUGGCAAUUACUUGGAGCAAGGUGUCGAGAGGAUCGUGGAUCAAGUGGUGAAUCCGAAAGUGGCAUCCGUCUUCGUGCCACAAGUUGAAGACCUAGUGUACAACUAUUUGGGGAUCACAAGGAAAAAGACAGUAACGAGCACCACCGCUGAGGCAUCGAACGAGAAAACAGAGGACCUCCUACCCACCGACUUGGAGGCUGUCAGUCCGGGAUCAGUCAAAAGUAACGAUGGCAAAAAUGAGCCCAUGGAUACAGAUGUCGACAAUGUCCCGGAGGCGAGCAGCGGAAAGAUGGAGGUGGAUGAAGAGAAACCGAAGGAGGAAAAGGUUGACGUCACAGCCUCCCCCGCCCCUGAAAUCAACCACGUUGAUAAGGAAAAGCCCGAGGGUCAGGAGAUCACUGUACCAGGAGUAAGCGAGCUGACCCCCAAGGAUUCCGUUAGUGUGGACAACAGCCUGAUACCGCUGCCCGCCGAUGACAUCAAACCAGAGCGCAUCCCUACACCGGAGAGCAGUCCGCCGAAGGUGGAACUGGAGAAGAUCGAGCUGCCAAUGGAGAAUAACAGCACCAAAGCCGGUGAAGUUGAGCGGAUUGACACACCCCAGGAUAGUAACCUCGCUAAGGUCGAGGAAGUGGAGAAGAUCGAGGAGCCUAAAGAGAUGAACUGCUCGAUGGACAUUCCCCUGCCGGCCGAUGUACCGAAGGACGAAAAGGACAACUACUUCAAGCCGAUUAACAGCGACGACGACGAGUCGAGCUCAGAUUCCUCCUUGAGGCGUAACAUGUCCCCGCUGACGCCGAUAAGGAACUUCAACAACGAGAACUCGUGCGAUGCGCAGCAGGCCUUCGACAAUGACUCCCUAGAGGGGAAGAGCGAUGCGAGAAAAGAGCCGAGCUCGUUCCGUUUCGCCAUCGAAGCCAAGUCCACGGAGGUUGCCGCGGAAGCAGCGAAGGCGCCGAAGAAACCCGCGGACCAGCUCAACCUGGCGUACCAGUUCAACAGUCAAGUGAAAAUCAACGCGUUCAACACGCCCACAUACGAGGAGAGCUCUAACAGCAACAACUUGCAUAUCGACUACGAGAGUGACGCUAACAGCAAAGUGAACUCGGAACAGAAGGCCGAAGCAGAAAACUCUGAGGACUCAAAGAAGACAAGGAAACCAGAAGAGAAGAAGAGCGCCCACAAGAGCUCGCACCGCUCCAGGGACGCGCAUAAGCACUCGUCCAGCAAAGACAGGAGAUCCGAGUCGAAACAUUCCACAUCACGCGACAGCGGUCGGCACGACAGAAAGUCUACAAAAGACGAUCAAGCCAAAUCAAAAUCCAGCUACAAGGAGAGCUCUAGAGAUAGAAGCGACAAGAAAGACAGCAAAGAAUCAUCGAGACACAGCAGUUCCCACAAAAGCUCCAGUCACAAAGACUCAAAAUCGCACAAGAGCUCCAGUUCAAGCAACCGGCACUCGAGCAAAUCCGAUGAUAAGAGAUCUUCAUCCUCGAGCCAUCACAAGUCGGAUAAGAGCUCAGACAGGAGCACUAAAGAUAAGCCGCGAGAGUCCAAAUCCAGUUCGCAGAGGUCGGAUAGAGAUAAAAAGAGUAGCAAAAGUAAACACGACGAUAAGGGCAAGGAGAAGAAGGAGAAAAAAGAGUCUGAUGACCAUUACAGCCUCUCCGGUAGGGGAAAUCCGAAUCGCAGAUCCACAGACAGGGAUUCUAACGACGGUAGCUCCUCGUCCAAAGGCUUCCACAACCAGCCCAGUUCCAAAUCCGUCGACGGCAAGAAGGACGCAAAGACCGGUAGCACCAAGUCCGAUAAUAUGUCCACGGGCAGCGAGACAACCAGCCCCAGCGAUAGGGAGUUGACUUUGCAAGAAAAGGAAAAGGAAGUGAUUGAUAUGCUACAGCCGAAGCCAGUCAUAAGGCUCGAGACACACCUGGAGACCCCAAUAACGUCACCGCCUCGAGUGCCCUUUGUGCCCGAAGUGACAAUAAAGAAGCCCAAAUUCGCCGCCAAUCUGGAGGAAGCGAGGAAACUUAUGAAGAUGCGAAAGUUUCUCGACGAUGAACAGAAGCGAAUGAACCAAGAAGCCGCCCUGCUUCUAGAAUUCCAAGCGAACGUCAGACCAAGCCUCAGUCAAGUCUACUCCAGUAUUCCCGGUCCCGAAUUAGAGUUCGCGUGCGUAACGAAUAACAACGUGCAUUCCCAAGUUGCGCUAAAAGGCAACGACGCGCUGCAGUGCUAUGCAGAGGACGAGGGAUUCUCAGAUAACAUAGAAGACGACGUACCCUCGACGCUUACAGUGAGAGAAGUGGAAGAGUCUAUCGAGAGUAUAAACGAAGAGUUGAACAACAAAGCGAAGGCUCACGCCACCGAAGACCUGAUCAGCAAGGAUACUUACGAGUCAACAGACAAAGGCAACUCACUGCUAGAGCCCGAACAUUCUACUGUCAAUGAUAACAAAGUAGAAGGGCAAGCGAUGGAAUCCCAGAAAGUCGAAACACCAGAACUAAAAACGGGCGAUAACAAUAAGAGAACUGAGUUCUUCGAAGUGACAAUCAUAACGGAGGAGCUCUCGGAGAGCGAGGAGUCGUUGAGCAAGAGAAAUCAGAAGAGAGGUAUCAAAAUGACAACUAAGAAGGAGAAUGUGACAUCACGUGACGUGCAUCCGGAACAGAGCGAUUUCCGCUAUUUCGGGGAACACGAGAAAUACAUUGCCGAACUGGAGAGCGAUCGUUUCAGCAGAUUUUUCAAAGCGUACGUCGAUCCAGCGCACAAAAGCAAAGUCCAUCUGAUCAACUGUGAUCCGUACCAGGUGAAAAUCGUGCGCGAGGCGUUAGAAGACCUGGGGCACUUCGAGGUCGUGAACUACCAACGUAACGGUCACGUGAAAUUGCCCAAAAUGUCUCGUAACAUCGUCAAGAACGUCAAUCUGUCCAGUGAAGUAUCCUUGCCUUGCGAUAGCGACCAAACCCAAGAGUUCGAAGUUAAGAAGCCCGUUACAGAAGCGGUCUUCAGUCCGGUUAAGUCCGAUUGCUCCUUCGAACUAUCCAGCGACUACGACGCCCGGUUAGAGGAGAUGGUCAAUAAAACUUCGCGCCAGGAGAUCAUGGAGAUCAUAUUGGGAAAUGUUACUGCAGACUCGCCCACCAAGAUGCCGAGGAUAGACUAUUUCACAGAUUCGAACAUAGAAAGCGAAGUGGACAGCGGCUUGAAGAGGAAGCUGAAUGAAGUAGAAACAGUAAAUAACAAUAGACAUGUGCUUACUCCGAACAAGAUGAGAAGACUGAGCGCUUCAGACCAGAUUUCGUCGACGACAGAAGAUCUGGAUACUGGGUCUAACAACAACUUGGUGUCCAACACAGCUCGUUCAAAGUACUUGGGCAGAGCGAAAAGGGUUGGUCUUCCAAGGCCCAGAAAGGCCGACCUCCCCAACAGUCCGUCAAGCGAUAAAUCAGUAGAGAACUACGAGCAAAACACACCGGCCGCCCCGCAACCACCGAAUGGAAAAAUCAAGACUACACCGAGGAACAAGGUACAAAGAUAUGACACCUCGGACCUAUACAAGCCGAAGUUGCAUUACUUGUCCAGAAGGAACAACAUUAGU